AUGUUUAUUGAGAACUCUGGACAUAAAGCGGAAGAUUUGCUAGUUGCCGUAUUAUCUGUUCUUGAGUUUUUUUAUCUUGAUCUCGCAGAUUGUCGAAGUCAGUCAUAUGAUAACGCGAAUAAUGUAUCAGGGAUUUAUUCGAGCUUACAGGCAAGAAUUCAUGAAAUUAAUCAUCUUGCAGAACAUGCUCCUUGUGCUGCUCAUUCUAUGAAUUUAGUUGGAGUUCACGCAGUAGAAUGCGCCCCAGAAGCUGCGUCAUUCUUUAAUACAGUACAAACUUUAUACAACUUCUUUACUGCAUCGACGCAUCGCUGGGAAGUCUUACAGUCUCAUACUGAAAAAAGAAUUGCGUUAAAAUCUUUAUCUGCAACCAGAUGGGCAGCUCGUUAUGAAGCGGUUCAAGCACUUAAUCAACAUUUUGUUGAAAUAAUUGAAACUUUGAUUAUUCUUGAAGAAGAUAUCGAAGAAAAUGCAAUUACACGGCAAGAAGCUAAAGGUAUUCGAAUUCAAUUGGAGCGACUUGAAACAGCAUUUAUGCAGAUACUUUGGCAUUUCUUACUCUCAAGAUUUAAUGCUGUAAGCCAAAGAUUGCAAAAAAUUGAUUGUAGCAUCGCUGAUGUAAUCGAUGAUUAUCAUACUUUGAUCAAAGUCGUUGCUGAUACGCGAAAUGAAUUUGAAAUCUAUGAAAAAAAUGCUUUAAAAAUUUCAGAAAUUCAAGAUUAUAAAACAACAGUUUCCAGACAAAGAAAGAGAAAAUUAUAUGCUGAUGAAACACGAGAUGGAGAUGUGCAGCUGUCAGGUCGAGACCAGUUUAGAGUUAAUACUUUUAAUGUCAUUCUUGACAAUCUGGGAUCUGAAUUGCGUAAAAGAUGUACAGCAUAUGAAAAGAUUCAAGAAAAAUUCUCGGUUAUCAUUGAAUUUGGUGAUUUAGAUAAUAGGGAAAUUCGUAAACGAGCUAAACGUUUAAGAGAAAUAUAUUGUUCAGAUCUUGAGUCCUCACUAGAAGACGAAUUUGUGCACUUACAUGCUCAUUGCACCGAAAAAAAGAUGGAAAAAAAUUCACCUUCUGAUCUUCUGAAACUUCUGCAUUCAAACGACCUUUACACUGAGUUUCCAAACGUAGAAAUUGCUUAUCGAAUAUUUAUAACUUUAGCCGUAACAAACUGUAGCGCAGAACGAUCGUUUUCUUGUUUAAAACGAGUUAAAAAUUACUUACGUUCUACAAUAGGUGCAAAUAGACUCAAUAGCUUAGCUAUUCUAUGCAUAGAAUCAGAUGUGCUUCAACGUUUAGAUUGUGAAGAUUUAAUCGACUAG